CUGUUUAAAGGAUUUCAUUAUUCGAACUUCUUAUACCGGAUCUAUUACGCCGCCUAGAUGGUGCUAUUGCGGAACAGAGUCUUCAAUUUCCCCGUCUCCCUAUCUUUGGGGACUUUCAUCAAACACAUUGAGCGCGCUUCAAAUCUCAAACCAACGAUCACAACCAGAAGAUUUGCAUCGACAAAAUCCUCAAUCGUCAAUGCCUCCCACUUCGACACCCUAAAUCCUCUACAGAAACAACAAGUCCAGCUCUAUAUCGAUUCUCUUCUCGAUUGGAACCAGAAGAUGAAUCUUACUGCGGUUAAAGAGGCAAGUGAUGUUAUGGAUAGACACAUUGAGGAUUCUCUUUCCAUUAUACCCCCAAUUCAGAGCUCAUAUAUUUCGCAUUGUGAAUCUUCAUUUGAAAACCUCAAUCUUGUAGACGUGGGAAGUGGCGCGGGACUUCCUGGAUUGAUAUUAGCCAUUGCUUGCCCUGGUUGGGAAGUGACACUUCUGGAGUCAUUAAACAAGCGCUGCAUUUUCCUAGAGCAUGCAGUUGGCUUGAUUGGUUUAUCUAAUGUGAAGAUUAUUAGAGGAAGAGCAGAGGAUGUGGGACAAAAUCAAGAAUUUAGAGAGGUGUUUGAUGUUGCUGUGGCAAGAGCUGUUGCAGAAAUGAGGAUAUUAGCUGAAUACUGUCUUCCCCUUGUUCGUGUUGGUGGCUUGUUUGUUGCUGCAAAAGGUCAUGCUCCUCAGGAAGAAGUUGAAAGAGGCAAGAGGGCAAUUUCUUUGAUGGGCGCUUCCUUGUUAGAAACAUGCAAUGUGAAUUCACACAGCCCAUAUGGACAAAGAACUGCAAUCAUAUGUUUAAAACAUCAGCCCACCCCCAACAAGUAUCCAAGAGAACCCGGUACACCAGCAAAGUCACCACUCUAACUCUAGUCUCUAGUCUCUAGAUAUGUAAUGUAUCUCCUCUUUUUACUUUUUUCAUUUCUAUUUUGUAACAUCUACAAUAAUUCAUUCUAUUAC